AUGAACUUCAUCAGUGGAGGUGGCUCCAGCCCUGCCCAGAUGUCUCUUAUAGAUAUCCUCUUUCCCGGUCUCAGUGUGGUCUCUGCCUCUGUGCAGCAGCUGCUUGCUGGUAACCUGGACAGCUACACUCGACUUUUUUGUACCUUGGGAGUGUUUGUCCUCUUCACCCGCUAUGCAGUCCGCUAUGUUUGGGACCUAGUGAGAAGCUACUUUAUGUCGACACUUCAUGUCUCAUAUUAUGAUGAAGCAUACGAUAUGCUGGUCGAUUGGAUAGCUCAGCAACCAUUCGUCCAUAAUGCCCAGUCAUUAAUAGCCCGUGUGAGAUCUCCGCAGCGGACAACCAUUCAAAACCAAGCAAAAAAAAAACCCUUGACCUUUUCUCCUUGGGAUGGGUCUUUUCCUUUCUGGUAUAAAGGACAUCUGCUCAUCCUUUACUGCAUGGUUAAGGACCACCGAGAAGACAUUUAUAUCUCCUCCAUCGGGCUCUACCCAAACAUUCUCAAAGAGCUUGUUGAAGAAUGUCGAGGAAGAUAUCUCAACAACAUCAACAAAAAAAUCACCGUCUUUGAGCACCGUGAAGGGGAAUGGAAGAAAACUAGGUUGAGAGCAAUUCGACCCAUCUCUACAGUCAUCAUGGACAAGCAAGUACAGGAUGACCUUUUAGGAGAUAUGAAGGACUUUCUGGACGAAGAUACACAAAAGUGGUACGCCGACCGCGGAAUUCCAUACCAACGAGGCUACCUUUUAUAUGGACCUCCUGGGACCGGAAAAUCCAGCUUCAGUCUCUCACUGGCGGGAGAAUUUGAACUGGAUAUUUAUACGCUUCAAUUGUCAGGUAUUUCUGACAGCAAACUGAUGAAGCUAUUUGCUGAGCUUCCACCGCAUUGUAUCGUUCUCCUGGAAGAUGUCGACGCUGCUGGAAUGGGUCGCAGGGACGAUGCCGAUACAGACCAAGAGAACAAUUCAGGCUCUGGAGUUACUCUAUCCGGCCUUCUUAAUGUCGUUGAUGGUGUGUCUUCUCAAGAAGGUCGGGUGCUCAUCAUGACAACCAAUCAUAUCGAACACCUUGAUGAAGCACUUAUUCGGCCUGGCCGUGCGGACAAAAGAGUGCAUUUUAAGCUUGCCGAUGGGAAAAUUUCCGCUCAACUUUUUCACACGGUCUUCAAGCAGACGCCUGAUCACAAGCAAGCCAAGAAACAAUCUAGUGACGAGACGAUCGAGAGGCUUGCUAAGGACUUUGCUUCAAAGGUACCAGAUCAAAUUUUCAGUCCAGCCGAGGUUUUGUCAUUCCUAUUGGAGCGGAAGAACUCUCCUUUUGAUGCUGUUACUGCUGUGGAAGGCUGGGUGGCGAAAGCAAAGGAGACAGCCAGCCAACUGAAGAGGGAGGGUUCUUGGGUGCAAGAAAGCGGAUGUUAA